CGACGCAUGCUUGGGCACCGCGGCUUUCUCAACGGUUUGCAGGUGUCCGGUUUGUUGGAUGCCCCUAGAGCAAUAAAGAUGCCGAACAACGUCCUACCCGUCACGGACUACUAUAAGCUAACCACCGCCCCGCCGACGUCACCCUGAGGUUUUCAUUUAUAUCAUAAUCCGCAUCCACAAAAACAUCCACAGACCAAUUUUUGACAGGCAUCCUCCACUAUGCUUCACUAUCUUGACAGGCUCGUCUUCUACGCCGAUCCCACCCUUCCCGCUUUCUCCUCACUCGCAUACCUGUAUUUUCUGAUCUUAGCCUCCGCUCUACUCAUCUCAUUCCGCUCACGACAAUAUCAACAAGAGCAAACCGCACAUUGACAUGGCGGAGUUCACAACAGUACGAGAAUUCAUCCCCUUCUUCGCGUACACAAAACUGAGUAUGAAAGAUUGCCAUGAUCGGGUGCGGCAGUAUGGGAGGAGGAAUGGCGUUACUCUUCGCAGAGGAUGGCAUGCAAGUCGCGCUUUCAGACCCUUCAGAGGAAGCAAUGGACGCGGUAAUUGCAAAGGCUGAGCAAUCAGGGUACAAUGGCAGGAUGACGAAGCACAAAGACUACGAUUCACUGUGCAAAUCCUUGUCAUCGCCCCGUCUCCUCAUCUUCUCCUUACCACAUGGUAAUGUCGGCGACAAAGUCCUCGAGGGACUGCUACCCCAUCUGUCUCGCAACGACAUCGUCCUCGACUGCGGAAAUGAGCACUUCGCCAAUACCGAACGCCGCCAGGAGAAGGUCAAAAAUACGGGCAUUAGAUACGUUGGUUGCGGUGUCAGCGGAGGCUAUCAGGCUGCAAGAGCUGGGCCAUCCAUGUGUCCUGGUGGCGAUGUGUCUGCGCUGAAGGAACUUCUGCCGUUGUUGGAGAAGGUGGCAGCGAAAGACAAGGCCGAGAAGCCAUGCGUUGGCAUAAUCGGAAAGGGUGGAUCCGGGCACUACGUCAAGAUGAUCCACAAUGGCAUUGAGCAUGGCAUGAUGAGUGCUAUCUGUGAAGCGUGGGGGAUCAUGCGCAAGAUGGGCAUGGAGUAUGAAGAGAUUGGCAACGUCUUCUCGCAAUGGAACUCAGAAGGCGAACUGAGAGGCACAUUUCUCAUCUCCAUUGGAGCCGACCUCUCACACAAACGCGAGCCCGGCAACGAUGGCAAAGCCAAGGAAGAUCCAAACAACCACCCUCUUGUACUCUCAGAAGUUCUAGACAAGGUAGUCCAAGAUGUGACAGGCGAAGAAGGCACAGGUAUCUGGUCCAACACCGAAGCGAUCGAGCUUCACGUCCCAGCCUCCACACUCAAUGUCGCUCACGCACUGCGUCUCGCAUCCGCCUUCCGCGGCGAUCGCGAAAAAGCAAACGAUGCGUUUGAUGGGGGCUUCCCGCCCGCUCAAAUGGAUAUCAAUGAUAAGACAGCUUUCCUUGAAGACUUGCGGAAAGCUACGUACGCUGCAUGUCUAGCAAGCUACAUACAAGGCUUUAAUAUCAUCGCCCGGGCAGACCAAGAACACAAGUGGGAAAUCGAUUACUCGCAAGUCUGGCAGAUUUGGCGCGCAGGCUGUAUCAUCCAAGCAGACUACAUCUCGGACGAGAUCCUCGCUCCAGUACUCAAGUCGAAACCAUCUUCAGAUGACCUCAACCUCAACUUCUCAUCGCGCGUUGCCCAAGAUGUGCGGCGCUGUUUUCCUGCGCUUCGGCGCGUGGUUGGCAAAGCAAUCGAAACAGAUCAGGUUGUUCCGGCAAUAAGUGCAACACUAGAAUACUUCAAAAUCAUUAGUGGUACGGAUUUGCCGACAUCGUUCUAUGAGGCUGAGCUGGAUUACUUUGGUAGUCACAUGUUUGAUAAGAAGGGCGACGGGGAUAAGGAAGUCAAGAAGCCGAUGGAAGGGAAGCAUCAUUUCGAGUGGAAACCUGCGACGAGUCAGAAGGAAGUCUACGGGAAGAACUAUAAGAUCUAG